UAACAUUGCUUGAACUCCUCUACACAUCAGAGUCGUACAGUGACUGGAACUGCUGUCAUCGCAUAAAAUCGCAGCGGUCCAACAAAUAGCAAGUCAACUGUACUGGUCUCUCACGCAAUUACAGGGCCACGUCAUCAUCUUCAUCUCCAUCUCCAUCUCCAUCGGCAUUCGUCGUCUUAUUUGUUUAUAUAAUAAAAUCCUGUUAUGGUCCUUGGCAUGACAUUUGAGCUUUUGGCUGAAGCUUACAGUUAUCAUGGAGAAGAACCAAUCAUCCUCCGAGGCCAAAAUUAGACGCUCUGAUUUUUCUGAUCUCGCGUAUGAAUCAGGAUUCGGCAACUCUUUCUCCUCCGAGGCCAUCGACGGUGCUCUGCCACGUGGACAGAAUAAUCCUCUCCUUUGCCCUUACGGUCUCUAUGCCGAACAGCUUUCCGGCACUUCCUUUACUUGUCCUCGCAAGCUCAAUCAACGCAGCUGGUUAUACAGGAUAAGGCCAUCAGUUACACAUGAACCAUUCAAGUCUAGAGUGCCAGCUCAUGGAAGGCUUGUGAGUGAAUUUGACAAAUCUAACAGUUCUACUACUCCGACUCAGUUACGGUGGAGGCCAGUGGAUAUUCCUGAUUUGCCGACUGAUUUCAUAGAUGGACUGUACACGGUAUGUGGGGCUGGCAGUUCUUUUCUUCGGCAUGGAUACGCUAUUCACAUGUACACUGCCAACAAAUCAAUGGAAAAUUCUGCCUUCUGCAAUGCAGAUGGUGACUUUUUGGUUGUUCCCCAAAAAGGAAGGCUGUGGAUUACCACUGAAUGUGGACGAUUACAAGUCUCUCCUGGUGAAAUUGCUGUUUUACCCCAAGGCUUUCGCUUUGAUGUAAGUUUACCGGAUGGCCCAUCACGUGGUUAUGUUGCAGAGAUUUUUGGUGCUCAUUUUCAGCUUCCUGAUCUUGGACCAAUAGGAGCUAAUGGUCUGGCUGCACCAAGAGACUUCCUUGUUCCAAAAGCAUGGUAUGAAGAUAAAUCCUCUCCAGGAUAUACGAUUGUGCAGAAGUUUGGCGGAGAAUUGUUUACUGCAAAACAAGAUUUUUCUCCUUUCAAUGUAGUUGCUUGGCAUGGUAAUUAUGUGCCUUAUAAGUAUGAUCUCAGUAAGUUCUGCCCCUAUAAUACUGUCUUAGUUGAUCAUGGUGAUCCAUCUAUAAAUACAGUUCUGACAGCACCAACAGAUAAACCUGGUGUGGCGUUGCUUGAUUUUGUCAUUUUCCCUCCUAGGUGGUUGGUGGCUGAGCAUACAUUCCGACCUCCUUAUUACCAUCGUAAUUGCAUGAGUGAGUUUAUGGGCCUGAUAUAUGGUGGAUAUGAGGCCAAAGCAGAUGGGUUUCUUCCCGGUGGUGCAAGCCUUCACAGCUGUAUGACUCCCCAUGGUCCUGAUACCAAGACAUUCGAGGCCACUGUUGCUCGCGGAGAUGAGGCAGCACCAUAUAAAAUCACUGAUACCAUGGCCUUUAUGUUUGAAUCAUGUUUAAUUCCCAGAAUCUGCCCAUGGGCUCUUGAAUCUCCCUCCUUGGAUCAAGAUUAUUACCAGUGCUGGACUAGGUUAAGAUCCCAUUUCUCUGGUAAAGCAACUGAUAACAGAAGUGUUGAGGAGAGCCGGAACGGACACCAUUGAGCCUUGUUUCAGGCUAUCAUGUAAGGGAUCCUAUCGAUCCUCAGGAAUUAGUUGUUCUCCCUAUAAUAAUUGCAUUGAAUGUAUAUAAGCAUAAAUCAAUAAAGCUGAAAUGAAUCAACACAUAUAGGAAUCCUUCUAGCUGUUGCUUAGCAGUGUUUAUAGUCGCCCUGGUUAAUACCUGUGUUUGAGGCUUGACCAGUUUACCUGUGUCUUAUAAGCCUGGUUAAUAAGGUUGCAAUGUCACUAUUUUUCCAACCCCAAGACAUUAUUAUUUUUUUUAAAAUUUUUUCCUGUUGAAUGUAAUGACUUGCAAAAUUACUGCA